GCGUUACAACCGCCAUUGCUGUCUGCUGCGUCUCCUCUCCCUCUGCUGUGUCGCAGCUGUCCGCUCUGUUGCUGCGUCUCCGCCUUCGAACGUCGCCGGAGAAGGAGACUCGAGGGUCUACGAAGGAAGGAGGAGGAGAGACACAGGGAGGGAAAGGUCUUGGUGGUGGUGUUGGUGGUGGACAGUACGAUGGCGAGCAGAGCGGUUUGUGUGCUCAAGGGCGAUUCGCCCGUGACCGGCACGGUGCAUUUCGAACAGGAGGGCUGUGGACCCGUGGUGGUCAAGGGACACAUCUCAGGCCUGAGCCCCGGCAAGCACGGACUGCACGUCCACGCCUACGGAGACAACACCAACGGCUGUACCAGCGCCGGGCCCCACUUCAACCCCAGCAACAAGACCCACGGUGGUCCCGACGAUGCCGAGAGGCACGUGGGCGACCUGGGCAACGUCGUGGCGAACGAGGCCGGAGUGGCCGAGUUCACCAUCCGGGACUCGCUCAUCGCCCUGUGCGGAGAACGCAGCAUCGUCGGGCGCACGGUCGUGGUGCACGAGAAAGAGGACGACCUGGGCCGCGGGAACGACGAGGAGAGCAAGAAGACGGGAAACGCCGGGGGGCGCCAGGCCUGCGGUGUCAUCGGCCUGGCCCAGAGCUGAACCCCGAUAGCCCCGCCCCCCAUGGCCCCGCCCCCCCUGGCCCCGCCCCCCCUGGCCCCGCCCCCCCUGGCCCCGCCCCCCUGGCCCCGCCCACCUGGCCCCGCCCCCUUCCAUAAUGGACGCCGCUAAACCCAGGCACCCCUCCGCCAAUCGGCAAAUUCCCGCCCAGCGGACGCACUCGGCGCUCGCUUCCCCGCUGAUUGCGAUCACGUGGCUCUGCGAUCACGUGGCUCUGCGAUCACGUGGCUCUACGAUCACGUGGCUCUACGAUCACGUGGCUCUGCGAUCACGUGGCUCUACGAUCACGUGGCUCUACGAUCACGUGGCUCUGCGAUCACGUGGCUCUGCGAUCACGUGGCUCUACGAUCACGUGGCUCUACGAUCACGUGGCUACGGUUGCAAAGCUACGAUGUCGCAGCUACCGAUUUCCCGUAGCCACGAUCUCUCGCGGCCGGCGCACGCCUCACCGAUUUUGUCC